AUGGGUCACAUGACCCGUGUAAACCCGAACGAGGUCAUUAAUAAUAAUUCGUUAUAUCUGCCUCACCAUCCAGUGGUGAAGGCGAGUAGCAGUACUUCCCCUGUACGGGUUGUAUUCAACGCCUCGAGUCCCAUGGACAACGGGCAUUCAUUAAAUGAUCUGUUGCUUACUGGACCUAAGUUGCAGUCAGAUCUUUGCUCUAUCAUUAUGCGCUGGCGAACUCAUCGCUUCGUUUUCGUCGCUGACGUCGCAAAGAUGUUUAGACAAAUUAUGAUUCAUCCGUUAGAUACUGACUUUCAGAGGAUAUUGUGGCGUCCUAGUUCAGGCCAGCCGAUCCAUCAUUACCGUUUAAUCACCGUCACGUACGGUACCGCCUCAGCGCCUUAUUUAUCCAUGCGCGUCCUGCGACAAUUAUGCGAGGACGAGGGAUCUGCAUUCCCGCUGGCUGUGUCUAUACUCAAUAAUUCCAUCUAUGUAGAUGACGUGUUGUUUGGGGCAGACAGUGUGUCCGCCAUACAAUCCACACGUCAGCAGUUGAAUGCCUUGUUAUUGAAAGGAGGUUUUCACCUUCGUAAAUGGACGUCAAACUAUGACGAAUUGUUGUCGGAGAUACCAGUGUCGGAUCGACUGGAGGACAAUAGUGUCGAAUUUGACGAGGACUCCUCCUUCAAGGUUUUAGGAAUUUCGUGGAGUCCUAUACUUGAUCGAUUCCAUUUCAGGAUACAAAUUUUGGAGUUUCCGGUGAUCUCGAAACGUAGCGUGCUAUCCGCCAUUUCGCGAUUCUUUGAUCCACUGGGUUGGAUUGCCCCUGUGGUAAUCACCGCUAAAAUUUUCAUGCAGGAACUAUGGCUGCGUAAGGUUGAUUGGGAUAGCCCGCUCUCGAGUGAUCUAGAGGAACGAUGGACUGAGUAUUCUCACAGUCUGACAGAUCUCAAAGAGAUUUCAAUCCCAAGGUGGACGAAUCAAAGCAACUCCGAUCUGGGUAUCGAGUUGCAUGGAUUUGCGGAUGCUUCAACACGGGCCUAUGCGGCCGUUGUAUACAUUCGCAUUAUUCACACUCGAAGCAGCUUUGGAGUAACACUCGUAGCCUGUAAAUCUAAGGUCGCUCCUAUUAAAACAAUUAGCGUUCCCAAGUUAGAGCUGUGUGCAGCUACCUUACUAGCUCGUUUUCUUAAAAAUAUUGUUAGUACUUUAAGGUUAAGUUCAGUACCAGUAUACUGCUGGUCAGAUUCCAUGAUCACACUUGCUUGGAUUAAGCAGCACCCCAAUACCUGGAAGACUUUCAUAUCCAAUAGGGUAUCAGAAAUCCAGACAAGCUUGCCGCAAGCUCAGUGGCUAUUUGUCGGGUCUAAAGAAAAUCCCGCAGACUGUGCGUCGCGCGGCAUCAGCGUUCAGGAGUUGAAGUCGCACUCGUUGUGGUGGAGUGGGCUCUCAAUGGCUGCAGUCACCCUCGACUGUGUGGUUCGACAGCGCCUUAGAAGGGCGGAUAGUGAUCAAUUAGGUACGUUAUAUGUGUUGAGUGACGCUAUCAGACAGGCUCGUAGUUUUUGGAUUGCGUACGUACAAAAGAUUAACUUUUCGAAUGAGAUCCAGGCAAUAAAACGUGGUGAGGGCCCGUCUAAAUCUAGUCCCUUGAAAAAUCUAAACCCGUUUUUGGACACGAAGGAUAACCUUCGUGUCGGGGGACGUCUCUGCCGGGCGUCCCUCUCUUACGAUGAGAGACAUCCCAUCAUACUACCGAGGCAUCGCAUAUCGGAGCUGAUUGUUGCGCAGGCACACGAUCGAACGCUUCACGGUGGGACACAGUUGACGUUAGGAGUUUUACGCCAACAGUACUGGAUUCUAAAUGCUAGAAACCUUGUAAAACAUCACAUUCACAGGUGUGUUGUUUGUGUCCGCCACAGAGCUAUUCCGAUAUUGCAGCAAAUGGGUGAUCUGCCGGACGUUCGAAUAAACCCUUCUCGUCCGUUUCAACAUACCGGCGUAGACUAUGCCGGUCCUUUUCAUGUCCUUCCGAUAGUAGGACGUGGCCAGCGGACACACAAGGCUUAUGUGGUUGUGUUCGUUUGUUUGGCCACUAGGGCCAUACACUUGGAACUGGCCAAUGAUUAUACCAGCGAUGGGUUUUUGGCCGCAUUUAGAAGAUUCACCUCUCGUAGGGGUCUUCCGGUCUCAUUAUUCAGUGAUAAUGGGACCAAUUUUCAGGGUUCCGAAAAGGAAUUGCGCAAUGCGUUCAGAGCUCUGUCGCGUGAUCCUGAUCUCGUCGCGUAUUUAGCCUCCGACGGCAUCACUUGGAGAUUUAUACCGCCCUCCGCCCCACAUUUUGGAGGAAUGUGGGAAGCGGGCGUAAAGUCCGUUAAGCACCAUUUACGGCGUGUAAUUGGUGCUCACACGCUUUCAAAUGAGGAGUUCACUACAUUACUAACUCAAGUGGAGUCAUGUCUAAAUUCUAGACCUAUAGCUCCCUUGUCCGAUGAUCCCUCCGAUCUCUCACCUUUGACUCCUGCCCAUUUCUUAAUAGGUACCUCGCUGAUUGCGACGCCUGAGGAGUCCGUAUUGGAUUUGAGGGAAACGCGACUCAAUCGUUGGCAGCGUGUACAGCGGAUGCACGAGCAGUUUUGGCGGAUAUGGUCGCGAGAUUAUCUCCACACGUUACAGCAGCGCUAUAAGUGGCGUCAGAAAUCGACUAGUUUGAAAGUCGAUGAUCUAGUAUUAGUUCAAAACCCGUUGCUACCGCCGACGAAAUGGGAGCUUGGGAGAGUAGUAAAAAUCUAUCCUGACCCUCAAGGUCUCGUUAGGGUAGUGGAUGUAAGGACGCUUUCGAACACAAGAAGGCGUGCCGUAAACCGGCUAUUUCAUUGCGUCGUUAUUAAUUUGUAUUAUUGUUUAGCUUUAUCAACUAAUAUUACUACACUAAGUUCUAUUAGGCGUGAUGCUUGGUCUCCCGGGUACAUCAUCGUUUCGUACUAUCAGUACGAGGCGAGCGGCAUGUUUGGGAACAGCGUAAUACGCGAACGCGAGUCACCCGCUACAUGCGAGCGAUCGAUAUCGAUCCUUUAUCACGCGAGGGCACCACCUUACGACGGUGUCCUGCGCAAGCCCCCUCUGGGCGUCCGGGAGCGCUCGAGCGAAAGCAGGCGUUUUUACCUCUCAGAUAGAGAUUCGCAAGACUCCUAA